CAAACGGAUGUGAGGCACGGAAGGUGUUUCAUUUCUUCUCCUAAACUCAGGCACCUCAACCUUGUUGGUUUUCUCUCUGACCCUCCCCCCCCGCCGCCGUCGCCCCGCGCCCGCUUGAACGUAAACACAAAGAGGGAAAGCGAGGAGUUUGCUUGAUGUUUUAGUGCAAUGGACGUGAGGUUUUAUUCACCUCCUCCUCCUCCAGCGCCACCGCCGCCUUCAUCCCAGCCUGCAGCCGCUCCUGAUACUCCUUGCCUGGGACCUUCUCCUUGCUUGGACCCCUACUACUGCAACAAGUUUGACGGUGAGAACAUGUAUAUGAGUAUGACAGAGCCAAGCCAGGAGUAUGUGCCAGCCAGCCAGGCUUUUCCUGGUCCAAGCCUUGAAAGUGAAGAUUUUAACAUACCUCCCAUCACUCCUCCUUCGUUACCUGAACAUUCACUGGUACAUUUGAAUGACACAGAAUCUGGUUAUCCUUCUUUGUGUCACCCAGUCAACCAUAAUGGCCUGCUUCCUUUCCAUCCACAAAACAUGGAACUACCUGAAAUCACAGUCUCCAAUAUGCUUGGUCAAGAUGGGACACUGCUUUCAAAUUCACUCUCGGUGAUGCAAGAUUUACGGAAUACAGAAGGAGCUCAAUAUAGUUCCCAUCCCCAAAUGGCAGCAAUGAGAUCAAGAGUUCAGCCUAGUGAUAUUAGGCAGCCGGGAAUGAUGCAGCAUGGUCAGCUGACUACUAUUAACCAAUCACAACUAAGUGCUCAACUUGGUUUGAAUAUGGGUGGAAACAAUGUUCCCCACAAUUCUCCAUCUCCUCCUGGAAGCAAGUCUGCAACUCCCUCACCAUCCAGUUCAGUUCAUGAAGAUGAGGGAGAUGAUACUUCUAAGGUCAAUGGUGGAGAAAAAAGACCUGCCUCUGAUAUGGGAAAGAAACCCAAAACUCCCAAGAAGAAGAAGAAGAAGGAUCCCAAUGAGCCACAGAAGCCUGUUUCUGCCUAUGCAUUAUUUUUCCGAGAUACUCAAGCAGCCAUCAAAGGCCAAAAUCCAAAUGCUACCUUUGGGGAAGUCUCUAAAAUUGUAGCUUCCAUGUGGGAUGGCUUGGGGGAAGAGCAAAAACAGGUAUACAAAAAGAAAACUGAAGCCGCUAAAAAGGAAUAUCUGAAGCAGCUAGCUGCUUACAGGGCAAGCCUUGUAUCCAAGAGCUACAAUGAACCUGUGGAUGUUAAGGUAUCCCAACAACCUCAGAUGAUUAAUGCAAAGCAGUCAGUGUUCCAUGGAUCUACACAGCCUCACUCGGCACUGUAUCUCAGUUCCCAUUACCACCAGCAAGCGGGAAUGAAUCCUCACAUAACAGCCAUACAUCCCAAUAUUCCUAGGAAUAUAGCACCUAAGCCGAACAACCAAAUGCCUGUGACUGUUUCCAUAGCAAACAUGGCGGUCUCCCCACCCCCAUCCCUUCAGAUGAGCCCUCCUCUUCACCCACAUCUCAGCAUACAACAACACCAGCCGCUUACAAUGCAGCAGUCCCUUGGGAGCCAGCUACCGAUGCAGGUCCAGUCUGCUUUGCAUUCGCCUACAAUGCAGCAAGGCUUCACUCUCCAGCCUGACUACCAGAAUAUUAUCAACCCUACAUCUACAGCUGCGCAAGUUGUUACUCAAGCAAUGGAGUAUGUUCGUUCAGGGUGCAGAAAUCCUCCCGCACAGAGCGUGGACUGGAAUAAUGAUUACUGCAGUAAUGGGGCCAUGCAGAGGGACAAAGCCUUGUACCUCACCUGAAUAUGUUUGGGGAAAGCCUCUCUCCUUUCCACUGAGGAAUGCAGGGAAGUCUUCUCAUCAUGAUUGCUUUGUGCAGUCAAGGCAGUUCUGCAUUUAUUUAGAGAAUAUAAGUUGCUAAGCACUUAGGACUAUUUGAGCUGGUGGGUCAUUCGCGCUGGGAAAACAAUAGUAUUGCUCCUUCUUCCACCCCUUCCUUCUUUUUCUUUCUCCUCCAACAUUCUUUAAUGGACAUUGCUUUUCUUCUUCUUUUUUUAAAAGAAGGAGGCUUGGACCAUUCAAAUUUUAUGUUGGUUUUUAUUUUUGCUGUGAAGUGCUGCGCUAGUAACUGCCUUAGCAACUGUAGAUGUCUUGGAUAAAAGUCCUGGAUUUUCCAUUGGUUUUCAUAAUGGGUGUUUAUAUGAAACUACUAAAGACUUUUUAAAUGGCUUGAUGUAGCAAUCAUAGCAAGUUUGUAAAUAGCAUCUAUGUUACACUCUCCUAGAGUAUAAAAUGUGAAUGUUUUUGUAGCUAACUGUAAUUUGAAACUGGCUCAUUCCAGUUUAUUGAUUUCACAAAGGGGGUUAAAUUGGCAAACAUUCAUAUUUUUACUUCAUUUUUAAGCAACUGACUAAUAGUCUAUAUUUUCAAACUCUCUGAAAGAAAAAAAAGAAAAAAAUAUUCCCAAAUGAGUUUAAUUAAGCAGAAAUUGGCUUUGUGUCAUUAAUUAUACAAAAAAAUUUAGUGUUGAGAAAAGAGGAAACACAUUUAUUUUGUACUGCCUAAAACUGCUUUUUUAUCACUUUAUGUGUAACGGUUAGUAAACGUCAUUUACGUCCUCUUAUGUAUAAAACUGCCAAAUGCUUUCUUGAUAUUUUAUUAGAUGCAGAAACAGAUUGGAAACAGCUAAAUUAUAACCUUUACAUAUGGCUAUGUAUUAUUGUUUCUUCAUACUGUGUCUGUAUUUAAUCUUUUUUUAUGGAAGCUGUUGCGCCUAUUUAUGAAAUAAUAAAUAUAGGUGUUUGUAAGUAAA